AUGCAUUCACCAGUCGAUAACAUCAAAGGACUGCUCGAAAACGAAAAACUAGACACAUGGGGCUGGGUGUUCUAUCGCUGCACAUACAACGACGAAGAAGCAUGGACUCGGUUCAAGCGAGGCGUGAUCCGAGAAAUGCAAGACGAACUCGCAUGGAGAAAGACGCCAGAACUCGAGAAAAGCCUUGCAUUGACAUUCCUGGAAGAUCAAGAAGCAUUCGAGGGAGCAUCGAAAGCUCAGCUUCGCGCGUACUUUCAAAAAUGGGUGCCUGGCGCUUUUGCGUCGGAGAACCCGAGGACUUCGGCUGAGUUCGGUGGACCCAUGCCCCUCGUGCGAUAUCGAUACUUUUUUCAAAUUGACGAGGCUUCGUUGCGCAGUAUUGUCUACGAAGGUCGUUACCCGCCGGAGGAGUAUUUGGAAGGCUACGUGAACUUUGUGGACGGAUACUGGAAAACAUUGUCUGAGCUUGGGCUCGAAGAUGAUGAGAACCCCUGGCCUGAUGAACCAGGGGAGUAUGAUGCACCUAUUGAAGGCUGCAUUGAAGAAAACGUUGGCUGGAUGAAGUUGGACGCAGCAGAUAUAAGCAUGGAAUGGUACGAUGGCAUUGACGGGUUCGAAUACGAAUCAUGGUAUAUCUUCUACCAGCGUCCACCGGCUAUCGUUACUUGGUAG